ACAUGGAUUUCUCUGAAGUCUUUCCAAUUUAUUCCCUGCACGAGCUUCUUUAUAUAGUAGGAUUGUGUCUUCCUUCAUCACACUAAACAAGUUAAAAGAAGAGCAUCACUGAACUAACAAAGCAACCCUAUGUCGAAGGUGGUUUGUGUCACCGGAGCCAGCGGCGCCAUCGGAUCAUGGGUGGUCCUCCUCCUCCUCCAGCGUGGUUACACCGUCCAUGCCACCGUCCAAGAUAUCAAGGAUGAAAAUGAGACGAAACAUUUGGAGGAAAUGGAAGGAGCAAAGAGUCAUCUCCAUUUUUUUGAAAUGGAUCUUCUUGACAUCGACUCCAUUGCCGCUGCCAUAAAGGGUUGUUCCGGCGUAAUCCACCUUGCAUGUCCUAACAUCAUUGGUCAAGUCGAAGAUCCCGAGAAACAGAUAUUGGAACCGGCGAUAAAAGGAACGGUUAAUGUGUUGAAGGCGGCGAAGGAAGCAGGGGUGGAGCGCGUGGUGGCGACUUCAUCGAUUUCGUCGAUUAUGCCAAGUCCUAAUUGGCCAGCUGAUAAGAUUAAGGGAGAAGAGUGUUGGACGGACCUUGAAUACUGCAAGCAAAAGGGGUUGUAUUAUCCCAUUGCAAAGACUCUAGCAGAGAAAGCGGGUUGGGACUUUGCGAAGGAGACAGGUUUUGAUGUUGUCAUGAUAAACCCUGGUACAGCAUUGGGCCCUCUGCUUCCUCCAAGAAUCAAUUCAAGCAUGGCUGUGCUUGUUAGUGUUCUCAAAGGGGGCAAAGAGACCUACGAGGACUUCUUUAUGGGAACGGCUCACUUCAAAGACAUAGCAUUGGCACAUAUUUUGGCACUUGAGAACAAGAAAGCAGCAGGAAGGCACUUGUGUGUGGAAUCUAUUCGUCACUUUAGUGAUCUUGUGGACAAGGUUGCUGAGUUAUACCCUGAAUACGAUGUGGCUAAGUUGCCAAAGGAUACCCAACCAGGGUUGUUGAGAGCAAGUGGAAAGGAUGCAUCAAAGAAGCUGAUUGAUUUAGGUCUAGAAUUCACUCCUGUUGAGCAAAUCAUCAAGGAUGCAGUGGAGAGUUUGAAGAGCAGGGGCUAUGUCUAAUUUCUCUGCUACUGCAGAGGAACUGAGUGCACUGUUACAAGUGGUGGUGGCGUUAAUAUUAUUGUUCUGCCAUUGCUUUGACUCAUUGUUCAUGCCAUUUAUGUUUUUACCUAUGGUCUUGUGUUGUGCACUUGUGCGUGUAACUGUAUUCUAAAAUAAGGGUCACUUGGAUCAGUGGUUGUAACGAUAUCAAUGUUUUGCGAGAGUUUUAAUUUACUCUUGCAGUUAUUAGUGAAAGAUUGAGCGGUCUCAUCUUCAUUGCUCAGUUUAAUCAUCAAAAGCAUCUCCUUCAA